CGUUAACUAGUUGGUGUUUUUUGCGUGAAGACUGAAGAGCUUCUUACUGAGCAUAGUAGUCGACCGUUUCCAAUCAGUUCCUUUUGCAGGGUACAGUGGAACCAAAGAGAAAUAGAUGUUGAAGGACAAGUUCCUUCUUCGUUUUGGAAGUAAUCCUGUGCGGAUUGCGGCUUUCUGCUUCAAGAACCUCAGGAAAAUUCAGGUCCUUGAUACCGACAUUUCUUCUGCUGUUGACAAGAUUUUGCAAGAUGAAAUGGAUGUUGUAUCCUAUAGAGUGCUAGGUUAUCUUCUUCUUGGCAUUGUCAGAAUAUACUCUAGAAAGGUUGAAUAUGUACUUGAUGAUUGCAAUGAGAUGCUCAUUAAAUUUAAUAAAUUUGUGGACAAUAGAGAAGACUUUGCCCAUGUGGAAACCUUGCGUAUGUCUAUUAGUAUACCUGAGAGAUUACAGUUGGAUGCUUUUGAGUUAGAUGUACUUGAAGAUACUGGCAAAGACCAUACUGCUCUUCCAGAAGAAAUUACUAUCAAAGACAAAGAGGUUGUGUGUAAAACUGGGGAAUUUGGGCUGUUUUCUCAAGAGAAGUUUGAGGAGUUUGAUGACAGCGAAAAUACCUGCUCUUCUGAUCGCGAUAAAGUGGGAAAUGCUCAUCUAACUCAACUGUUGAGUAUGAUGGGUAUUAAAGUUGAUCCACUUAGUCCAGUUGGUUUACGAGAAGGCAGCAUGUUUUCUCUAAAGGAGCCAAUGAACUUGGAAAGUGUUUUAAUGGUAGAAGGACGACUAGAGAAAGAAUUUGCUGGUCAAGAUCAACAAAUUGUUGAAGAUCAGACAAGUAAAGAUGUAGUAUCAAGUGAAGAUGAAAUGCAUGAAGACAGUAGUAGAAUCUCUCAAGAUGAAUAUACGGAUAUCAGUAUAUUCUGUGGGAGAGAGGAGGAACAUGUGUCAUCUAUGGAAGAAUAUAUCAAAUCUUGUCAAGUUGACGCCGUCCAGAGUUCUGUCAAGGAAACAUUAAGCUCGUUUUGCAACAUGAGUGAGGAAAUUAUUGAAGUUCUUGAAGCCAGAAGUUUGGAAGAAAGUACAGAAAAGACUGAGGAUAAUAUACACCAAGAAAAAGAAUGUGUGCCCCAUGUCAAUUCAUCUGUUACCAAUGACAUCCAUGAAGAGCUCAUUGAAGGGUCUGCUGAAAAGUGUGAUAACAAAGGAAAAUUAGGGUUUCAAGAAAAGGUUUCAGUUGAAGAUGAAAGGCUUAGUUUUACUCUAUCGAAAACAAAAAAUCUAGAUGUAACUCAUGUGUCUAAGUUUCAAGAUGAUUCCGUUGGAAGGCCAAAACGAGGUGCUACUACGCCAGAGUCAAUGCUUAUUUCUACACCAGCUGUGAGAGACCGCUCACAUUUCUCAAAGAAAAGAAGAGCUGUUAUUGAUCAAAAAAGAACUGUCCUACCAAACAAGGUAAUUACAAAGAUAUUAUGCACUGCAGAAUCCAUAGUUCGUAAACGAAGAAAAUACCGUCGUACUUCACUUACUUGGAAAAGAGAAUCUCUCAUUUCCUUUCAUCCUGAUAGAUUCUUUGAGCCCUUGCUUCCUUGUUGUUCCUCAAAGCUUCAACUUCUAUUCUCUAGAAAGAAAAUGAAAUUACCCGAUUCCCUCAAGAUUGUGGAAGCUUCAGGGAACCUACACUUGCAAGAGUCUCCAACUAUUGCCACUCCUCUAAGCCCUCCUCAUAAUGAUAUACCAAUUGUUCCAGAGACUCUUUCUUUGAGUACAAAUGAAAAUGAGUUUCCUAGUCUGUUGGAUGAGGAAAUAAAUUCAUUUGGAACAGAUAAUGCAAAAAUAGUUGGGUGGUCUGAUCGAACCAGAUAUGUAGCAAGCUACUUGCAUCAGAGUUUUCUACCUGCAAGGAAUCAGAAAGAGGAGACUGUGCUAAACUUCUCAAAAGUUUUUGGAGGCCUAGCCCGGAAAGAAGGGGCAAGGCUAUUUUAUGAAGUACUGGUUCUUAAAACUACUGGCUAUGUAGAUGUGGAGCAAAACGAAGCUUAUGGGGAUAUUGGAAUCACUAAACUUCCAAAAUUAGACCAAACUUUUUGAUUCGAUGAUCUAUUAACAUAUAGAUAUCAAAGGAGCUACAGAAAUAGAAAAUUGAUAGGAUUCUGGUGGAUUUAUAUGUUGUAGUUUUUUUUGUAAUUUAUAUCAUUGUGUUUAAUUGUACAGCUUUACUUGCCAUUUUAUUUUAGUCACUUUUCGAAAUGGAUUUCUGUCACUAGUUACACUGUACAGUGAUGUCAAAGCUAGAAACUUCAAUAUGGCAGUGAUAAGCCCGAACUUUGAAUUUAUCACAUUUAGGCAAAUGUUACUGAUUAUUUAAAGAAAUAUGAUCUGUUGACACCACUUUUUAAUUCA